GCCGGGCAUUUGGCGCGAUUGGUUUUGCGGAAAGGGAGUGUGCAUGUCGUCGUAAAUAAAAACAUUACGUACCUAAAUUAUAUGGCUUCAAUACAGUGAUUAUUUUGAAAAUUACAGUGUCACGGUUAUUGGACAUUUCUAAAAAUAUAAAGGGACGAGGGAUUUGUUUUUCAAAAUGUACGGGUUUGUGAACUAUGCCCUCGAGCUCCUUGUGAUGAAAACUUUUGACGAAGAAACAUGGGAGACGAUAAAGAAAAAGGCCGACGUGGCUAUGGAAGGCAGUUUCCUAGUGAGACAGAUUUAUGAGGAUGAGAUCACUUAUAAUUUGAUCACCGCUGCCGUUGAGGUCUUGCAAAUACCCGCUGACGCUAUAUUGGAGCUAUUUGGAAAAACGUUCUUCGAGUUUUGCCAAGAUUCCGGGUAUGAUAAAAUUCUGCAAGUACUUGGAGCCACGCCACGAGAUUUUCUACAGAAUUUGGACGGCCUGCACGAUCAUCUCGGGACAUUAUAUCCUGGCAUGAGAUCCCCCUCGUUCCGAUGCACCGAGCGUCCUGAAGAUGGCGCCCUUGUGCUUCAUUAUUACUCCGACAGGCCUGGUCUGGAGCAUAUCGUUAUUGGAAUUGUAAAGACUGUGGCGAGCAAACUCCAUAACACCGAAGUGAAGGUGGAAAUCCUAAAGACCAAAGAGGAAUGUGACCACGUCCAGUUCUUGAUCACUGAAACUUCCACCACCGGUAGGGUGUCUGCACCUGAGAUAGCAGAGAUUGAAACGUUGUCUCUUGAACCAAAAGUGAGUCCAGCGACAUUCUGCCGAGUUUUUCCAUUCCAUUUGAUGUUUGAUCGUGAUCUGAACAUCGUCCAAGCGGGACGUACUGUGUCUCGUCUACUCCCAAGAGUUACCAGACCAGGCUGUAAGAUUACUGAUGUCUUGGAUACUGUGCGUCCCCACUUAGAGAUGACGUUUGCUAACGUCCUGGCUCAUAUUAACACGGUCUACGUUUUGAAAACCAAACCUGAAGAGAUGAGUGUCACUGAUCCUCAUGAGGAAAUCGCUUCUCUUCGCUUGAAAGGUCAAAUGCUGUACAUUCCAGAAACAGACGUGGUUGUAUUCCAGUGUUAUCCAAGUGUGACCAAUUUGGACGAUCUGACUCGCCGCGGCCUAUGCAUUGCUGACAUUCCACUUCACGAUGCGACACGAGACCUGGUUCUCAUGUCCGAGCAAUUUGAAGCUGAUUAUAAGCUGACCCAGAAUCUGGAAGUUUUGACUGACAAACUUCAACAAACAUUCCGAGAGCUGGAAUUGGAAAAACAGAAGACGGACAGGCUUCUUUACUCAGUGCUGCCUAUAAGCGUGGCCACUGAACUUCGUCACCGUCGCCCGGUACCAGCCCGGCGUUACGACACCGUGACCCUUCUCUUCAGCGGUAUUGUAGGGUUCGCCAACUACUGCGCUAGGAACUCUGACCAUAAGGGCGCUAUGAAGAUCGUGAGAAUGCUCAAUGAUCUGUACACCGCGUUUGAUGUUCUCACCGAUCCUAAAAGGAAUCCUAAUGUGUAUAAGGUGGAGACUGUGGGUGAUAAAUACAUGGCCGUAUCGGGCUUACCAGAAUAUGAGGUAGCUCAUGCUAAGCACAUUUCGCUUCUUGCUCUGGACAUGAUGGACUUGUCCCAAACCGUGACUGUGGAUGGAGAACCAGUGGGCAUAACCAUCGGCAUACACUCAGGCGAAGUGGUGACUGGUGUCAUCGGUCACCGCAUGCCUCGCUAUUGCCUCUUCGGCAAUACAGUGAAUCUGACCAGCCGCUGUGAGACUACUGGAGUACCUGGCACCAUCAACGUCAGCGAGGACACUUACAAUUACCUUAUGCGCGAAGACAACCACGACGAACAGUUUGAGCUGACAUAUCGUGGUCACGUGACCAUGAAGGGGAAGGCAGAACCCAUGCAGACCUGGUUCCUCACCAGGAAGAUCCAUUAAAUCUCUAAGUAUCGCAUUAGUAAAGACCUGAAAUUAUACUGGCAAAUAAACAAAGCAAUUUUCAUCUUGUUUCAUGUGAAGGAAAUUAGACCUUAUAAUAUGAUUAUUUAAAGAAGAAAGCUGACUAUAACUCUAUAAUUAAAUGUAUAUCCACAUAGUUUGAUAUGUAUUGUACUUGCAAGACGCAAAAAGCUUUGUGUAUUUGUCUGUCAGUACCUUCUCAGAUACUUAGUAAAGUAUACUAAUAUAGAGAUUUUCCUAAAUAUGUCUGAUGUUAGAAAAAGCUUUAAAUGUGUCUAUAGUACCUUCUUUAUAUUCAACAGAAACAAGUUAAACCACGUAUAAUACAGUAGAAAUAAUAAAAAAAACACUUUAAAUUAAUUCCAUUGUUACGUAUAUAGUACUGUAUCUUAAAUAUUACUCAGUCGCAGCUCGGAGUCAGGAAGUUAUCGGUGUUAUACCUCCGUGCCUCGGAAAGCAAAGAAAGCCGUUGCUCCUGCGCUUGAUCUCCCUCCAGUCAUGUCGGAUUGCCGUCUUAGCAGACUAUGAGAGUGAACACAUGUGUGCUCUAUAAUAUUUCCUACGUACCUAGCUGAUUUCCGUUGAGAUUAGCCACCGUCGCCGAAAUUCGGCUUAGAAGGAACCACAUCACAAUUAUUGUUUCAUAGGUAUUUUCAUUUAUCAUGUGUUUAAUUCAUUAGAAUUAAAUGCAGCGAAUAUUCUUAUGUUCCUAAAAUGGGCACUAAAAUAAAUUUAUGAAUCUUUACUACCAAAUUAUUUAAAUCAAUGUAAAAAUCGUGAUAUUAUUGUUUUAUUUAUAGAAAUUUUAUAUCGUAAAUCAAACCUAUGAGUAGUGAACUUUUAUUUAUCGAUAUAUUGGUGUUAGAGCGUAGUAAAAUGAAUAUAAUGGCCUAUAUUAUCAAUUAUGUAAUGAAUUUAUCCUAUACUUAAAAUAAUAUCUAUUUGGCCUAAAGACAAAAGUUUUGCUGGUGAGGUAGGAUAUAUUUUAUAUCCAUUCGGAUAGCGACUACCGUACACAAGGUGUUAAAACCCGCCAUAGUGGCCCACGUAAGUGUGUCGCGAUCCGGGAUCAGCCUGUGUAUAUUCGUUCCAACAGGCCGGAAUAAUGGUAUCGACUGUCGAGAGGUAAUCUCUCGUCGGUCGACAUUCUCUUGGACCCCAUUCCACUUACCAUCAGGUCCAGUGGUACUUAUCACUUCGCCGUGCCAAUAAAGAAAAAAAUCUACUUAAAAUUACUGAAUCAUGUUGCUUAAGAUUUAAAUUACUUUCAACAUCAAACUACACUGGCCUCCAAAAAAAUCGACCUACCUACGAUUUGCCAAAAAAAACUUUUCUUUUUUGGUUCUAAUUUUUAUCGUACUAUAAUUCAUUUGAUUCAACUUAGAGCUUUCUUAGGGUUUAUGAUGGCAGAAUUAAAACACUAAAUUGGAUGAUUUAAGUGUAGUUUCGAUUUAAGAAAUAUAACAUUAUGUACCUAUGUAGGAACGUUUGUGUCCCGUUCCCUUAUGCUUUAAUUUGUUAAUACUUUAAAAUAUUUAUUACUAUCUAGUCAAUGAAUUAUGUUAAUGCUUUAAAUUUUAUUAUUUAUU